GUGCGGGUUGGUGGGUCACCAUCACAGGUGACGAGCCCGCUCGGCGGUGCCCGCGAGCCCGGCGCGCUUGUCCCCGGAGCCUGCGCCGGGGACCUCCGCCCUCAGCCAAGGAUCCUGCUGGCACGGUGUCCAGGAAGCGGCCUCGUCCCGUCCGCGGCCCCUCUGGGAUGACACCACCACCAGGGCUCUUUUAGGCCGUUUUCCGGGCUCUUGGAGAACUCAAGUCUCCAGGUUCCGCAGGACUACAUUUGCAGUUAAGAGCCACUUCCGGGUCUGCGUUCAUCCGGGCACCGCUGGGCACCCUCACACCUGGCGCUUUGCCGUGAGACUUGAUCUUGUCUGGCCGGAAGUUCCCCACGCUUUGCAACAAAACUCUACCUCUCGUCUUUUUUUUUUUCCUCUUCAAAGGAUCCAUGAAAGUAGAGACUUGACACAGCAGACAAAAGAAAGACUGAACCCCAAAGAGGAAACCGGCAAGAUCACUUUACAAUCCCUGAAUGUGGCAAUAUAUGCACAAUGGAUCUCAAGUUCAACAGCUCCAGGAAAUUCGUCUCCAUUACUGUGCCAUCCAAAACCCAAACAAUGUCUCCACACAUCAAGUCAAUCGAUGACAUUGUUGUUCUUGGCAUAAAUCUCAGCAAAUUUAGCAAACUUGCUCAAUUUUUCAUUUGUGUUGCUGGAGUUUUUAUAUUUUAUCUAAUUUAUGGAUAUUUGCAGGAACUGAUCUUCUCAGUGGAGGGUUUCAAGCCAUACGGCUGGUACCUCACCUUGGUGCAAUUCGCACUCUACUCCAUGUUUGGCCUCAUAGAGCUUCAGCUCACUCAGGACAAAAAGAGGAGAAUACCAGGAAAAACCUACAUGAUAAUAGCUUUUCUAACUGUGGGUACUAUGGGGUUAUCAAACACUUCCUUGGGCUACCUGAAUUAUCCCACCCAAGUCAUCUUCAAGUGCUGCAAACUGAUUCCUGUUAUGCUAGGAGGAGUUUUUAUCCAAGGAAAGCGAUACAAUGUUGCAGAUGUGUCUGCUGCUGUGUGUAUGAGCCUUGGCCUGAUCUGGUUUACACUGGCUGACAGCACAGUUGCACCAAACUUCAAUCUGACAGGUGUGAUGCUCAUUUCCCUGGCCCUGUGUGCAGAUGCUGUCAUCGGAAAUGUUCAAGAGAAAGCGAUGAAAUUGCAUAAUGCUUCUAACUCUGAAAUGGUCUUGUAUUCCUAUUCAAUUGGGUUUGUGUACAUCUUGUUGGGACUGAUGUGCACUAGUGGACUGGGCCCUGCCAUGGCGUUUUGCUCAGAGAAUCCAGUCCGGACAUACGGUUACGCGUUCCUGUUCUCCCUCACCGGAUACUUUGGGAUCUCCUUUGUCCUGGCUUUGAUUAAAAUUUUUGGUGCCCUUCUUGCCGUGACAGUGACAACAGGAAGAAAAGCCAUGACCAUUGUGCUCUCGUUUAUAUUCUUUGCUAAGCCAUUCACAUGUCAGUAUGUAUGGUCUGGUUUGUUAGUGGUUCUGGGAAUAUUUCUUAAUGUUUACAGUAAAAACAUGGAUAAAGUCAGACUACCUUCAUUAUAUGACCUUCUGAACAAAUCUGUGGAAGGAAAAAGGUCAAGGACAUUAGCACAAACUGUAUAGGCACUGAUUAUCCUAUUUAAAAUGGAAUUUUAAGGGAACAGUCAUCAAUGAAUUAAAUUCCUCUCUGAAAGGAACGUAAUAAAAGCAUCAGAUCUGAAGAAGUGCUGCUGGGUGUGGUGGUUCCGUGGGACGUGGUUCCCGGGUGCCGGUCUUUCUUCAGAGCCUCGCUUCCUUCUGAGACAGUCAAGACCCUCAGCCUGGACACCUGGCAGUGAAUUGUCAGUGUAAGGACUGCGCUUGCUAGCAGUGUCCAGAAUCUCACUGGCAGUGGGCCCUGUGACAAGACUGAUUGCACAUCCUUGUGAUAUAUCAGACGCUGUGUGGAGGCAGCACUUUGUUCUGUCUUCAUUCUGUUUAAUGGUGUUAUUUAAGUUGAUUCUCUGUUAUAAGAGUAAACUGAUGAUUUAACGUUUAGAGAGAAUAACAUUCAUUAUAAAUAAAGCCAUGCUGUAAUUUUUUUAA